UUUUCUCUCUCUUACUGAAACCCCACCUUAAACCCUCUCUCUCUCUAUCUAUCAAACACUGCACACUUACUCUCUCUAACUGUCUCUUAACCUGCAAGGGAGCCAACUGCCUCUCUAGGGCAGAUGAACUUUCUCUCUCUAAAUUCUCCAUCCAUAACUUACCUUAUCUCUCUUAUUUAAACCCCACCUACACUCUUGAUCUCUCACUAACACCCCUCACUUUCUCUCUCUAAAUCUCCCUUAAUCUAUAAGGGAGCUACCUGCCAAUCUCUCUCUCUCUCUCUAUCUCCAUGUCCUGGGCAGAUUUGUGGAUCCUUAAGCUGCAAUUUUUUGCAGGCAUUUCUUGAUUUCAAGGACUUUCAUUCUUCUCAUUGUGAAACCACAGCUAUCAGUUACAGUAGCAUCAUUUUCUCUCUCUUUAGUGCUGUGUUGGGACCUUUCACUCCCCUGAAGCUUCAAAACCUGCCUUAAAGCCCCAUUGCUAGGAGUAAUAGUAGGCGCUUUCUCUCUCUAGAUGUCCGAUGCUAUAAGCGGGGUGCCAUGGCUCCCUUCAGGGAGAUAAUUCUUGAGUUCAAGGUGUUCACGCUAUAGUGCUUUCAGUUACACUGCACCCUUUCUCUCUCUCUCUCUCUUCUCUCUCUAACUUUCCUUUGAGCUUUAGGGUUGGAAUUGCACCGAAUCAGUGAGCCUUUAGGGUAAAAUGGGGGGUCCUUUAGGGGCAAUAAUAGGGAGGUAUCCUACAGCUGGAGCUCACUCUAAUGGUGAUCCCCAGCUUGGUGGUAUCAUAAGGCAUAAUAGGAAAUGCAGGGAUUUGGUGUUCCUGAUCAUCUUCAUUGCUUUCUGGGUAGCCAUGAUCGUGAAUUCGAGCUUCGGGUUUAACCAGGGCAACCCGCUAAGGCUCACAUAUGGGCUGGAUUACAAAGGGAAUGUUUGUGGCAACAAGCAUGCAGACCCUGAUCUCCGUGAACUAGAGGUGAGAUAUUGGCUAAACCCAAACCAGGUAUACCAAAGUGGGCUUCGUAAAAGCCAGUUCAAAUUGGGUGAUGCAAGGAGCAUAUGCUUGAUGGAGUGCCCCAGUCCUUCUGAAGAUAUUCUCAAUUGGGUUUGUGAUUACCCUGAGGGAGAUAUCCACCUCUCCAUGGAUGAAUGGAUUGAUAGGAACUAUGAUUACUUUGAGUUUCUCACUCAACCUAUGAGGAACAGUUCCCUUGCGCUUCAAGGCCCUUGCUACCCUAUCAUAUUUCCUAGCAUAAAUGUUUACUGGAGCUGCCAGUUUAUUGCGCAUGCAUCUAAUGCAUCCUUGAAUCACUGGAGGCAGAUGGGUGGGGUUAAUAUCAAUGAAAAUGGUGUAUUGGAAAAAUCUGUCCACAAUGGCAUCAAUUCCCCAUCUGCUGUUUUAAAGAGGUAUGUAGCUGAUAUUGGAAAGGCUUGGCCAGUGUUGAUUGUUUGUGGUGCAAUGGUGCCACUCUUUCUGUCAGUGAUUUGGUUGUUAAUGAUUCGCCAUUUUGUUGGAGCAAUGACUUGGAUUACGGUUGUUCUCUUUAAUGUUCUCAUAAUAACUGUAACAAUGUUCUUCUAUGCAAAAGCUGGGUGGAUUGGGCAUGAUGCUGUCUCUGGUAUCAUUGGGGAAAGUGAUCCGUACUUCAGUGUAACUGGAAGGGAGCUAAAUCAUCUUCGAGCUGUUGCUAUUCUUAUGACACUAAUUAUGGUCAUCACCGUUCUUUCCACAAUUGCUAUUGUUAGGCGUAUUCUUAUUGCAACAUCUGUUUUAAAGGUUGCAGCCAAGGUCAUUGGCGAAGUCCAGGCUCUCAUUAUAUUCCCAUUUUUUCCAUAUACAAUUCUUCUAAUCUUUAUUAUGUUCUGGUUUUCUGCUGCACUUCAUCUAUUCAGCUCUGGUCAAGUACAAAGGAAUGAUUGCAAUGGGGAAUGCUGCGCCUUUGACCUCAAGGCAAACAAGGUUAACUGUGACAAUUGCUGCGGUUACAGCAUUCACUACACUCCUCAUAUUGCAGUAGCUAUUCUCUUCCACCUCUUUGGGUGUUACUGGGCUACUCAGUUCAUAAUCGCAUGCUCAGGCACUGUUAUUGCUGGUUCAGUUGCUUCAUAUUAUUGGGCUCGUGGGGAGACAUCGCAAGAGAUCCCAUUCCUUCCUGUGUUUUCAUCGAUGAAGCGUCUCAUUCGCUAUAGCCUUGGCUCCAUAGCUCUCGGUUCACUUGUUGUCUCCAUUGUUGAGUCAGUUCGUUACAUACUUGAGUUCAUCCGCCGCCGGUUGAAGCACACUGACUCUGCAUCAAGUGGCAUCAUGGGUAGAAUGAUGUCUUGUUUGUCUAAUUGCUGCCUCAGUUGUAUUGAGUGGACCACUAAAUCAGUGAACCGCAAUGCAUACAUUAUGAUUGCCAUCACAGGGAAAAGUUUUUGCAAAGCAUCUGAAAUAGCAACUGGCUUGAUACUAAACAACAUACUUCGCAUUGGCAAAGUGAAUGUCAUUGGUGAUGUCAUCCUCUUUCUCGGAAAGUUGUGCGUGAGCUUGGCAUGUGCGGUGUUUGCAUUCCUCAUGUUGCAUACUCACAAGUACAAAGAUGCACAUAACAAAAUCUCCUCACCUCUUCUCCCUGUUCUGGUAUGUUGGGGCCUCGGCUACAUCGUUGCUUCUCUUUUCUUCGCAGUUGUGGAAAUGGCAAUCGACACCAUUAUCCUCUCAUUUUGCCAGGAUGCAGAGGAGCAUCAAGGAAAUGCCCAGUAUGCUCCACCACUGCUCAUUGAAACCCUAAAUAACCAAAGUGAAAUGCAAAGACUCACACAAUGACCCUUUAUUUCUAUAAAGACCACUACCCAUUUUGCAUCUGCUUUACUGGAGGGUUUGAGUUUCAGUAAAGAGCUCUCAAGCUAUGGCUUCUGUCCCCUUUUUUUUUUUUUCACAAAGGCUUCUUUAUCUUUAUCUCUGUCUGUAUCUUUUUCUGUUUGUAAGUGAAGAUUGAAUAGGGAGGAAAUGCAAUUCAUUUAGGAAAGAGUAGCACACCAGAAGAGAUGGUAAUCCCUCCUUUGUGCUUUAUUUUACCUGUACAGUUGUUUGUUGGAGCCUGAUAUAACUAUGGAUUCUGAUAGGGCUUUCUCAAUGGAUUCUCGCUUUAUAUAAGUGAACUAAUAGACCUCUAAAGAUGAUCUCUAAUAGA